AUGUCUUCGCGCGACGACUCCUCUCUGGGCGCUUCGCCGCCAUCCUUCGACUCGCAUCCCGUCCUCGGCGCCACGCCUCCGCCGACAUACGCCGCCUUCUCGCCCGUCACGCUCUCGGCCACGACUCCCUCCAGGAACAGCCGGCGAUCCACCGUCCUGGUCCAUCAGAAGAGCCCGCUGCUGCUGGCCACCCCUCCGCAGAUCACGCGCGCACUCGCCUACAGCCAUCCGUUCUUGCUGCCGCUCAAUACCUUUGUCGGGCUGCUGACGUGGAGCACCGGGGAUUCCUGGCAGAGCUUCCUGCUGCUGUGUGCCUUUUGGGCCGUUGUGCUGUAUGGCGAUGUGGUGCUCAUGCGAGCUGGCCCUAUUGUCGUCGGCAUGGGGCUGAUAGCCGGCAUGUACGGCCGACGAUAUAGUCCCUUGAGCACCAGUGGCUGGACUGAGCCAUCCCGAGUCACCAAAGAUGCUGCUGCCUCCAAAAAGGCCGGAGCCAAUGGCGGCAGUCAUCUGGAGGAGACGCCCAACGGAAAGCAGCCGGGCCAUGCGAGAGCCAGAUCCGAAAUCACCAAUACCAAACACCAGAAGACGUUGGAUGAAAUUGUCGAUACGCUCAAGGAGUUUACUGGCAGAUGCAAUGUUCUGAUGGACCCUCUGCUCGAAAUGACCGAUUUCCUAAGCACGCAGCGAACCCCUACCAGCGCCACCACCCGGCCAGCUCUGACGGCCAUGUUUAUGCGGCUUCUUAUCGUGACGCCCUUUUGGGUCGCUUUGACCAUGUCUCCCUUCAGCAUCAUUACAACGAGGCGCAUCGUGCUACUGGCUGGAACGCUUGUUUUGACAUGGCAUGCUAGAGUGAUGCGGGUUUCUAGAACUAUUCUUUGGAGGAGCGCAACUGUUCGAAAGCUUGCUGGCGCCAUCACUGGCCUCCACUUUGAAAGCCCUCCCAAAUUAACCUUUGGCAAGGGAGGCACAAAGGAAAAGGAAAAGGAAUCGCAAAUGAGCAAGGCAUCUUUCCUAGGGUCUUCUACUUUGCAAGUGAGCCGUCGUCGAAACGGUGCCGCAAACGGUGGUAAGAGCGCCGGCGUGAAAUUCACAUUCAUCAUAUACGAAAAUCAGCGACGGUGGAUCGGUUUGGGGUGGACAUCCAGUCUUUUCGCGUACGAACGGCCUGCGUGGACAGACGAACACAACAACGCCGUUCCUCAAAGAGACGAGUUUGAACUUCCAGAAGUCGAGGAUGGAAGUCGAAUGCGGUGGCGGUGGGUGGAAAGUAGCCGCUGGCGAGUAGAUGGCGUGGCUGAUGAGCAAGGGGCGGUGGACUACGACGGCCCCGAGGGCAAAAAUGGGUGGAUAUACUAUGACAACAAGUGGCAAUCAGGACGGCGGGGAUUGGAUGGCUGGGGUCGGUGGACGCGCCGCAGGAAGUGGUACAGAGAUGCUGAGCUCGUGGAAGUGGAUGAGUCUCAGCUGCCCCAUGAGCUCGAAGCCACUGAAUCUUCAUCUACCCUCCAUACUACAUCCUACAGCACUGCAAACGAAAAGAUGCGAGCCGAACCGGUGAUUGUCGAGCCGGAUGAAGGCCAAGACCAAGUUCCAGAUGAGCUGGGUACAAAGAUUGCAGACGAUGCCGCAUCACUACAUUCAACGUCAUCACGGUUCUGGCCAACAUUGAGACGACGCACUACGAACCAGUCAGGGGAUAGUCUCCGCCUAGACAGCCAGAAGCAAGAGAAACGCCGAAGCGGCAGCCAGAGGCCGCGGAGGACGAGCGACGUGGCUAGUGACAUCGCCGUGGAAGAUGAUCCUAGUAGAUUGGGCUUCUCAGUUGCUCUUGAGCUGCAAAAGCAAGGCAAAGAGGGCGGCCAGUGGGGAAUCGGGGAUGAAGCACGUAUGAGCUUGGAAUGACCGGUUUUCGGGAUGGCCACUUGAUUUUUUUUGCGUUUGAGUUGACUUUUGUUCAACACUUUGCUUUUCGAGAGGGUUAUAUGGCUUUGGUUUUACUUUGAUUCUACUGUAACAACAAAAACUUUUCUUCCCUCGGGGCAGCAUGACUAGCGGGUUAACUGGGUUUGGCGGGAGUACCAGCGGAUACGGUAUCGGUAUAUAUACCUUUUAACUUGUAUGAAAAAUGACGAACUUGCUUCUUGUACUAAAUAGAAUGUUCAGCUCCUUCGUUUG